AAAGACUAUAUAAGCAGCGUGAAUUUACUUCAGAGGUUGCAGACUUUAUGCACUAUGAUGUUCCACGUAUUCAUCGGUGUUUGCCUCUUAGAGGUUGUUGCUGCGUCUACCGGGAGGGUGUGGCACCCCGGAACCAAAAUUAAGGAGAUUGUGACUCGGGAGAAGUCUGAUCUCAGCUCAAGGGUCAGCACAUGCACCGACGACUUCACCAUCCGCCCUUUGAGUGGAGUCUGCAACAACCUCGACAACCCAGGAUGGGGAGCUCCUCUACAGGACAUGCGGAGGAUCAUCGAUGCCGUUUACGAUGAUGAUAAAGGUAAACCCCGGUUAGAUGGACUACCCAGUGCCAGGGCGGUUAGUGUUGCGUGUUUUCCCAACGACAGUGACAGCACCCUGGAGGCCUCGCUGAACCAGCUGGUCAUGCAGUGGGGGCAGUUCAUGGCUCACGACUAUGCUGGGACACCAGGGACGAAGGGCAGCGGAUGCUGUACAGGAGUGAACAGCAGCGGAAAGCAUCCCGACUAUGACUCAGACGGAAAUUGCUUCCCAAUCCUUAUCCCGUCCGGCGACAGGUACUUGAACGACUGCCUCCCGUUUAGCCGAUCGCAAUCCUCCCCACAAAACACGUCACCUCGGGAACAGUUCAACAUCCUCACCUCCUACAUCGACGCCAGCACCGUCUACGGAGGCUCCGAUGAGGAGUUGAACGAACUGAGAACAAAAUCAGGAGGUUUGCUGAAAACCACUUCUGGGGGAAACCUGCUCCCAACUUCAGAGAAGACGUUUUGCCUACUGAGAAACGGGGAUCCUAAGUGCCCGAAUGCUGGCGACUGGCGGGUCAAUGUCUUCCCUGGUUUAACAGCCACGCAUACACUAUGGGUUCAGCAGCAUAAUAGGCUUGCAACUGGUCUUGGUAAAGAGCACCCGGAUUGGGACGAUGAAAUUCUCUUCGAGGAAGCCCGCAGGAUUGUCAUUGCAGCCAUACAGCGCAUCACCUACGAAGAUUGGCUGCCUCUGAUCCUAGGUGACGAUUUCUACCAUGCUUUUGACCUAGGCACUACUUAUGACUAUGACGCUUCUGUUAAUCCUGGUCUCUACAACAGUUUUGCUACUGCUGCUAACAGAUUCGGCCAUUCUCAGCUCCGCGCAACGUACAAUGUCAAGGGCUUCACCAAUCUCAAGAUACAGGAUAUGUUUAUGGAUGUAUUCUAUGCAAACAAUGGAAUCAAAGAAGUCUUCGAAGGGCUCUUGAAGGACAAUAGUCAGAAGGCCGACGACAAGAUUACUAAUGGUUUGACCGAUCAUCUCUUUGAGCACGUCCAGACAGCAAAUGGGGCCAAAGACUUAGUGUCCUUCAACAUUCAACGAGGCCGCGACCAUGGCCUCCCAUCCUACCAGGCCUUCAGGGACAAGGCGAUGCAGUUCGCCUCCGACAAUUCCAUCUCAAUCACAACACCAGCCGUCCCUCCAUGCGCUUCUACAGUGUACUCAAACACAACCAGCAUAGACCUAUACGCAGGAGCUAUGAGCGAGACCCCUGUACCUGGUGGUCUGGUUGGGCCAACGUUUGCCUAUAUAAUGGGACUGCAGUUUUGUGAAAUCCGAUCCGGGGAUCGAUUCUGGUACGAAACGACCAACACAACUAUUGGCUUCACAUCAGAUCAACGGGACGAAAUCUCGAAAUUAACGCUGUCUCAAGUGAUCUGUAACAACGUCGGUAUUGACACUAUCCAGACCGACGCCUUCUUCGUCACAGACGCUGCGACUAACAUCGAGGCCAGUUGCAGCAGCCUUGGCUACUUUGACUUCACCAAGUUUUAAGUGUCCAGAAUCUCCAGUAAUGUAUAAUCCGGAGAAAUAAAACUAUUUCAGCAGCAAA